GGACGAUGCGCGAGUACAAAGUGGUGGUGCUGGGCUCGGGCGGGGUAGGCAAAUCCGCCCUGACCGUGCAGUUCGUGACCGGCACCUUCAUCGAGAAAUACGACCCCACCAUCGAGGACUUCUACCGCAAGGAGAUCGAGGUGGACUCGUCCCCAUCGGUGCUGGAGAUCCUGGACACGGCGGGCACCGAGCAGUUCGCGUCCAUGCGGGACCUGUACAUCAAGAACGGCCAGGGCUUCAUCCUGGUCUACAGCCUUGUCAACCAGCAGAGCUUCCAGGACAUCAAGCCCAUGCGGGACCAGAUCAUCCGGGUGAAACGGUAUGAGAAGGUGCCGGUCAUCUUGGUUGGAAACAAAGUGGACCUGGAAAGUGAGAGAGAGGUAUCGUCCAACGAAGGCCGAGCCCUCGCAGAAGAGUGGGGUUGCCCCUUCAUGGAGACUUCGGCUAAGAGUAAAACCAUGGUGGACGAACUCUUUGCGGAAAUCGUGAGGCAGAUGAACUACGCUGCGCAGCCUGACAAAGAUGACCCCUGCUGCUCCGCAUGUAACAUACAAUAG